CGCAAACAGUGAUUAACCCUGCCGUGCCAAUGGACUAACACUUGCUCGCUGAAAUGCUGCUGAAGGACAUUCCUCGAGAGGCCUUGAUGCGCCCCUUGUCCAGGAAUGAAGUGGUGGGCAUGCUAGUGAGGUUGACACUCUUUGGGGCAGCCACCUAUUACAGCAUUAAAUGGGUCGUGGAAGCUAUGGACCCCACCUACAAGCAGAAAAACCAAGCCAAGAAAAGGGCAGAGCAGCUGAUGAAAAGGAUUGGUGUUGAGGGGGUCAAGCUCACAGAGUAUGAGAUGAACAUUGCAUCUCACCUAGUUGACCCACGAGUCAUGAAGGUGUCCUGGAGAGAUAUAGCAGGUUUGGAUGAGGUUAUUUAUGAACUGCAAGAUUCAGUCAUCCUCCCAUUCCAGAAGAGACACCUUUUGGCUGGAUCCAAACUCUUUCAGCCUCCCAAAGGUGUUUUAUUGUUUGGCCCUCCUGGGUGUGGUAAGACCAUGAUUGCUAAGGCAACAGCCAAAGCCUCUGGUUGCCAGUUCAUUAACUUGCAGGCCUCCACACUAACAGACAAGUGGUAUGGCGAAUCACAGAAGCUGACUGCUGCUGUUUUCUCAUUGGCUGUCAAAAUCCAACCCUGUAUCAUCUUUAUUGAUGAGAUUGAUUCCUUCCUAAGGAAUCGCUCAAGCCUGGACCACGAGGCCACAGCCAUGAUGAAGGCCCAGUUCAUGAGCCUGUGGGAUGGCCUGGAUACUGUUACAACCAGCCAGGUGAUGGUGAUGGGAGCUACAAACCGACCACAGGAUGUGGAUCCUGCCAUUCUGCGCAGGAUGCCCACUACAUUUCACGUUGGCUUACCAAAAACAAGACAAAGACAGGACAUCCUGAAGCUGAUUUUGGCAGGAGAAAAUCUGAGCAAUGCCAUUAAUCUGAGAGAGAUUGCAGAGAAGACAGAGGGCUACUCUGGCAGUGACCUCAGAGAGCUGUGCCGCGAUGCUGCCAUGUAUCGAGUUCGGGACUACGUCCGAAAGGAGCAAAUGAGGCAGAUUGCCCAGCAGCUGCAGGAGGACGAGGAGGAGGAAAAACCCCUGAAUGAGGAGCGCUUGCGACCAGUCACCCAGCUGGAUCUGCUCUUCGGUCUGGACAAGAUGAAGGAGUCUAAGCAGGCUACAGUCUCCUUGGUGUCCAGCAUUGGUGAGGUUCCCCUGGACUAAGACUUGUCUAUCCAUCCACUGAUGGGAUUGAGUCCUCCUCAAAGCUCUCCAUUGUAACCACUAUCUAGUCCUCCUUGAGUCCCAAAUUGAGGCUACUCUACAUGUCGGAGAUGUCCUUGGAGGAACUAGCGUCCAGCCAUACUUUUUUUUUUAAAUCAAUCAACAGAAGAGUCUUGCUGGGCGGCUGACUGAUGUGCCUUGCUCAAGAGAAGUCGGGUGAUAUUUGUUCAACAAGGGGGAAGAGUUGGCCAUUCACUUAGCCAGGCUGUAUUUUCUCAGUCAGCCUGGGGAUUCUGACUGAUUGUCUUCCAGUCAUAAUUUCCAGAAUCUCCCACUGUAUGCUUGUGUAUAUACCCUCCCUCCACAGCCACACACAUGACACGGGACCUGACGGGAGGGGUCAGGGUUUCGAGCUUUUUGUUACUGUUACCGUUCACUGGAUUCUUCUUUUCAUUAAAAUACAGACAAGGACUCCUGUAUGGACAACCUUAUAUAUGGCCAUAUUUAUAUUGUACAGUGUAUAUCAUGCUAGAGCAGACCUCAACUUCCAUUCUCGGGGCCCCAAGAGCAUCUUGUUCCAGUCAUCUAAUGAGGGAGCUUUUAGACCUGGCACAACAGGUGAACCAGGAAUUCCAUUCAUCUAAUGAGGGAGCUUUUAGACCUGGCACAACAGGUGAACCUGUAGAGGAACUUAUUAGUUCUGUUGUAUAUGGCGCAAUAGAAAUCCAGCAGUAUAAUAGGGUCCCAAUGACCGCAGUUGAAAACGACUGUGUUACAAAUUUUGGAUAGGUCUUCCUCGGAGCGUAAGGUUUCUGUUGUGUCAGAGGUUGAGAUAUCAAAGACUUAAGUCAUACAUUUUAUUUCAAUUUGAUUUUUUUUUUAAAAACAACAACAACAUCCAGUCUCUGUACAAUAGAGAACAUUACUUGGCAGCUCUGGGCAUUGUUAGGCGAGUUUUUCUCAUGUUAAGCUGAUAAGCCAAACCACCUUCUAAAGUAGGCAGGCUUGCGUUGUGAUGAGAUUUUCUGCAGUGCAAUACAUAUACACUGCAGUCACAACAUGCUUAUGAGGAAUAAGAGGGACUGAGAUAAAGUUAAAGAAGAGCAGGAAACGGUCAGCCACAGAAAAAACAGCAUUUAAAACUUUUCCUAAGACUGUUUGUUUUGGCUCCACACUUCUUCUUUGGCUGUUUUGAAAGAUUGUAUGCACCCCAUUACAAGACAAUAUCACUGCUAAGGAGACAUCCCAUACCAACACAAACUUGAAGACUUCCAAAUAUAGAUAAUGUCCAGUUUUGCUCAUCCAUACUGUCCUUUAAAUGUAUCCAGACAACUAGACAUUUUGGCAGAAAAUACACCCGUAAUAUUUCUUUCCACAUUCCCCAAGGACUUAAGUUAUGACAUUGAUUCAUGUUGGGGACAGCAGAAAAGAAUGUUAAUGUGUCAUGGUGAUAUUUGCUGUAACAUGAAUGUAAGGUUGUUUUUUUUAAACAAAAUGACUGAAAAUUAACAUUUUCUUUUGUUCAGCCUUUA